CCCCUUCCGCUUCCCUCGGCCCGCGGAGCCGCCGCCGGAGCCAUGAUCGGGGACCUGCUGCUCUGCGGGACGCUUCUGGUGAACGCCGGUGCCGUGCUCAACUUCAGGCUGAGGAGGAGGGACACGGAGGGAUUCGGAGAGGAGCCGAGGGAACCCACGACCGGUGACAAUAUCAGAGAAUUCUUGCUGAGUCUCAGGUAUUUUCGAAUCUUCAUUGCCUUGUGGAAUAUCUUCAUGAUGUUCUGCAUGAUUGUGUUAUUUGGAUCUUGAAAGCCACCCAUGGACAUGUUGGAAGAGACUUUUGGCUGGGAACAAACAUUUCUAGAAAAGAUUCUGAUGCUCUCCAGCUGCAGCCCCAGGCCUGUGGGGAGCUGGGACAAGCUCAUCCCCUUUCUCUGCCAGGGCUUGGAGCCACAACGUUCACACAAAUUAUCUCAGCUCCACUGAAAGAGAAUUUUAACUUGGUUUUCUAAGCUCAGAGUGAGGAGCAGGGGAGCAUUGGAGCCAGUUUCAAACCUCUGCCUUGCCAGUCCCAGCUGGGGCUGUGCCAGCUCGUGUUACCCCUGUCCAAGUCACACUCUUUAGUUCUCAGUUUUGUGUAAAAGUUGAGCAGAGUGUUCUUGUAACUUCUCACUAUUCCAUUUCUUUUGUUGGAGGUGUAGAAAAUGAAUAUUCAAGAAAAAAAUGCCAUUCUCACCUUCUCCCUGUUUUUCCAGGAAAAAAAAUAAGCUUUCUAAAUUAAUAUUUCAAAGAACUUUUUUUUCUAAACACUAUGUAAGGGAUUUUGAAUGGGCAAAAAUGGCCAAUGUUACAAGAUAAUUUUGGAAUAAUCUUGGAUUUGGUUGAAUAAAGUUGUUCUAUUUAAGGGUAAAAUAUA